GUAGCCUAUAAGGAGAAGAUGAAGGAACUCCCAUUAGUGUCUCUGUUCUGCUCCUGCUUCCUGUCUGAUCCCCUGAAUAAAUCAUCCUACAAAUAUGAAGGCUGGUGUGGGAGACAGUGUAGGAGGAAAGGUCAAAGCCAGCGGAAAGGCAGUGCUGACUGGAGAGAAAGAAGAGAACAGGCAGAUACAGUAGACCUGAACUGGUGUGUCAUCUCUGAUAUGGAAGUCAUUGAGCUGAACAAGUGCACCUCAGGCCAGUCCUUUGAAGUCAUCCUGAAGCCACCUUCCUUUGACGGGGUGCCUGAGUUUAAUGCCUCCCUCCCAAGACGGCGAGACCCAUCAUUAGAAGAGAUACAGAAGAAGCUAGAAGCAGCAGAGGAGCGAAGGAAGUACCAGGAAGCCGAGCUCCUGAAACACCUCGCAGAGAAACGAGAGCAUGAGCGAGAGGUGAUCCAGAAAGCUAUUGAGGAAAACAAUAACUUCAUCAAGAUGGCAAAAGAGAAGCUUGCCCAGAAGAUGGAGUCCAAUAAGGAGAACCGGGAGGCCCAUCUGGCCGCCAUGUUGGAGCGACUGCAAGAGAAGGACAAGCACGCAGAGGAGGUGCGGAAAAACAAGGAGCUGAAGGAAGAGGCCUCUAGGUAAAGCCCAGAGGCCAAGGAAGUUUCCAGGACAGCCG